GGAGCUGAGUAGGAAGGAGGAGCUCGACUGCGAGCUAUUUCCCGGGCGCCCGAGAGGAGACCCCGCAAUCCUGCUUCGCCGCUCGUCCCCCCCUUCUCCUACACAAGGUAAACAUUUUAUUGCAUUAGAGGGAAUUCCUAGCCAGGCCUAUAAUCUGUGGAAAAUAAGAAGAUAUUUCUAUACUGAUUUGACCAGUGCUAAGCAAACUAAGGAUUUAAGUCUGGUCACAACCAACUGACAUUUACUACUGUGACUCUGCUUUUAGACACAUGAUGAGAAGACUGAUACAGGACUCAGCUAGCUGAACAGCUAUAAAAUGCCCAAAUCUGGGUCCACAAAACCAAUUCAGAGUGAAAAUUCUGACAGUGACGGCAACAUGGUAGAAAAACCAUCUGGAAGAAAGAGUAAAGAAAAGAUUUCAUCCUACAGCAAAACUCCAAAAGUCGAUAGGAAUGAUGUGGGGAAAGAGAUGAAAGAGAAAUCAUCUAUGAAGCGUAAACUUCCAUUUACCAUUAGUCCGUCAAGAAAUGAAGAUCGAGAUUCAGACACAGAGAAAGAAGGCCCAGAGAAGAAGAAAACCAAAAAGGAGGCUGGAAAUAAAAAAUCAACACCUGUUAGCAUUCUUUUUGGUUACCCAUUAUCUGAACGAAAACAGAUGGCCCUUGUGAUGCAGAUGACAGCAAGAGACAACAGUCCAGAUUCCACCCCAAAUCAUCCUUCACAGACAACGCCGGCAGCACAAAAGAAGACUCCCAGUUCCUCAUCACGACAAAAGGACAAAGUUAACAAAAGAAAUGAGCGUGGGGAGACACCUUUACACAUGGCAGCUAUUCGAGGAGAUGUGAAACAAGUCAAAGAGUUAAUAAGUUUAGGAGCAAAUGUGAAUGUGAAAGAUUUUGCAGGUUGGACACCAUUACAUGAAGCUUGUAAUGUUGGAUACUAUGAUGUUGCUAAAAUCCUCAUAGCAGCUGGAGCAGAUGUUAACACACAAGGAUUAGAUGAUGAUACACCACUCCAUGAUUCAGCUAGUAGUGGGCACAGAGAUAUUGUCAAGCUACUACUUCGACAUGGUGGAAAUGCAUUUCAAGCCAACAAACAUGGGGAGCGACCAGUGGAUGUAGCAGAGACAGAGGAGUUAGAACUGCUUCUGAAAAGAGAAGUGCCUCUAUCUGAUGACGAUGAGAGCUUUACAGAUUCUGAAGAGACACCAUCUGUAAAUCCUUCUAGUGUUGAUGAAAAUAUUGAUUCUGAAGCAGAGAAAGACUCACUAGUCAGUGAAAGUAAACAGUUAAUAUCUAAUAAAGCCCCUCUUCCCUCUGCUCUUGAUGAAUAUGAAUUCAAAGAUGAUGAUGAUGAUGAAAUAAAUAAAAUGAUUGAUGACAGACACAUUCUUAGGAAAGAACUACGAAAAGAGAAUGAAUCUGAAAUAGAAAAGAAUUUAUUUGUGAAGCAAGAAAAAGUCUAUCCCAAACUAUUUAAAAGUAAAAAACAGAAACCAUCUAGAGUUCUGUAUUCAAGUUCUGAAAGUUCAGAUGAAGAGAUGCUUCAAGACAAAAAAGUUGUUUCUGCUCCCUGUUCUGUUCCUGAAACUUCAACUUCUGAUUUAAGAUCCAAAAAGGACUAUUUAGUUGCAAAUGAACAUAAACAGAAAGGAAAAGUUAAAAGAAAAUUAAAAAAUCAAAACAAAAAUAAAGAAAAUCAAGAGUUGAAGCAAGAAAAAGAAGGAAAAGAAAAUUCUAGAAUAACAAACUUGGUAUGUAAUCCUGUAUUAGAUUCUCUAGACAAAACUAAAGAGGAAGAAAAUUUUAGAAAGUCUUUUACUACAAAAGAUGAUGCUUCAUUACAGUUGUUUCAUAUUACUACUAGUAAAUCUCCUAAACAUCCUUGUGGACUAAGUGAAAAACAAUCAACACUACUAAAACAAGAAAACACCAAAACAUGCUUAUCACCAGGUAGUUCUGAAACAUCUUUACAGUCUGACCUCAUUAGACAUGAAAACAAUGCAGAGUCAGAAUUCCUGUUGGAAACUUCUAGUGUAAAAUAUUGUAAACAUAAAGAAAAAAGUAAACAUCAUCAGAAAGAUUUCCAUUUAGAAUUUGGUGAGAAAUCUAUUCCAAAAAUUAAAGAUGAAGAUCAUAGUCUAUCUUUUGAUAAUUCAGACUAUACUCUGAAAAAGAUUGAUAAAGAAGGCAAGACUUUAAAGAAACAUAAAUUAAAACAUAAAGACAGAGAAAAAGAAAAGCAUAAAAAAGAGUCAGAUGGUGAAAAAGAAAAAUACAAAAAUAAGGAUGGAAAUAAAGCAAUUCAGAGAAGUGUUGAAUUUGAUAGAGAAUUUUGGAAAGAGAAUUUUUUUAAAACUGAUGAAACUGAAGACAUCUUUUCAAAUGUGGAACAUGAAUUCCUGCCAUCUGAAAAAAAAUCAAAAUUGGAAAAAAACACAAAAGAUGACAGAUCAAGCAAGGAAAAACACAUACCAAAAGAAAGAAACUUUAAAGAGGAACGAGAAAAAGGGAAAAAGGAAAGUGAAAAGUCCUUGAAGGAAGAAAAAAUCAGAGAAUUAAAAGAAGAAAGGGAGAAUAUCUCGAUAGAUAAAGAAACAGAAUUACUUCCUUUGGGUAUAAAUGUUAAAGAAGAAUCAGUAGGAUUACAUUCAAUAGAAAAAGAGACAGAAAUUGACAAACAAGAAAAGAAUAUGAAAGAAACUAAGGACAGACCUGAGAAACGUCUUCAACUUAAAGAAAAAGACUUGGAAAGGAGUGACCGAAAAAAUGCUGAAAAAGAAAAGAAGAUAAAACAUGAUCAUAAGCCAGAAAGAGACAAAUUAGAUUUGAAUGAGUGCAUAGAAAAAGCAAAAGAAAAAGACAGAGUAAAUUCACAACAGGCAGAAAAAUACCAUAAAGAAAGUGAGAAGAUAAAAAAUGUUAUUACUGUUAAAAAAAAUGAUGACAGAGAAAAAAAUAGAGAUAAGAUGGAUAAAAAACAUGACAAAGAAAAAACUGAAAAAGAGAGGCAUCUAGGUGAAAGCAAAGAAAAACACUUCAUAGAGAAAAAAGGUAAGCUAUCAGAUAAAGACAGUGAAUAUAUUAAACUUGAAAAAACCAGGACAAAAGAAAAAGAAAGGGAGAUUGAGAAAAGAGAAAAAUCUAGAGAUAAAGAAAGUUUAUCUUCAGCUGCUUCUAAGCAUAUACAGGAAGAGAAAAGGUCAACUUUCACAGAAGGUAGUAAAACAUUGCAUGAAAAACUUUCGUCCCUUAAAGAAAAAACAAAAGAUGAACCUUUGAAAACUCCUGAUGGAAAAGAAAAAGAUAAAAAGGAUAAAGAUAUAGAUAGAUACAAAGAACGAGAUAAACACAAAGAUAAAAUACAAUUAAAUAAUUUACCCAAGCACAAAUCUGAAGUAGAUAAGCAUAAAUUCAAAUCAUCAUUGACUCCAAAAGAUACUCGACCAAAGGAAAAGAGGUUAGUGAAUGAUGAUUUAAUGCAAACAAGUUUUGAAAGAAUGCUAAGCCUUAAAGACCUAGAAAUAGAACAGUGGCAUAAAAAACAUAAAGAAAAAAUUAAGCAAAAAGAAAAGGAAAGAUUGAGGAACCGUUCCUCUUUAGAACUCAACAAAGUAAAAGAUAAAGAAAAAACAAAAAAUACACUAGCAGAAUCAAAAAAUAAAGAACUUAUUAGGUCAAAGAGUUCAGAGUUGUCUGAUGUUUACACUAAGGAGAAACAUUUGAAAGAUGCUACAAGUAACAGAUCUCAAUCUGUAGAUACAAAGAGCAUAACAAAUAUUGGAAAGUCAUCUUUAAUUGUAGAUAAUAAUUUAAGCAGAUCUCCUCGAUCUGAAAGCGAAAAAACAGGUCUCAGCUCUAGAUCUAUAUCUAUGAUUUCAGUUACUAGUUCAGAAGAUUCCUGCCAUACUACAGUAACAACACCAAGGCCUAUAGUUGAAUAUGAUUCUGACUUUAUAUUGGAAGGUUCUGAUUCCCAAAUGUCCUUUUCACAGUCACCAUUUUUUCCAGUUGCCAAAUCUCCUGCCCUUCAUGAAAGGGAGUUGGACAGUGUAGCUGAAUUGCCAGAACGGCUCAAAUUACCAUUUGCAAACAGGCUUCCAAUAUCCCAUCUCAGGUCAUCUUCUAUAGAAGAUGUAAAACUUAUUCUUAGUGAGUGUAGACCUGUCGUGGAAGUUCGAAGAUGUAGCAUGCCACCUGUCAUUUCAGAACAUUCAAAACAACUUCAAACAAUGUCAGAAGAAAAUAAUCCAAGUAGUUUACUAGCUGUGCCAAGUCAUAUUUGCAAUUCCCCUAAACAUGAAGUGUCUUCUUGUAAUGUGCCUGAAAAUGACCUUUCAAAAGUGUCUAACUUACAUUCCAGUUUUGCUAUUUCUCCAGUUACAUCUUUCAGUAGUAAACAUAGUUCAUCAGAUACAAAUGUUAUCAAAAGUACUACUCAAAUAAACCCUAUUGGAGAAAACCCUAUGCAUGUAGAGCCAUGUAAUCUAAUUAAUAUGACUCAACAAAAUAAAUCUUGGGAGAUAUCUGUUGACAGACUAGAAUCAUUAAGCACAAAUGAUUUUAACUGUUCAAGUUAUAGAGUACCUGAUCAAGAUCCAAUCAUCCAAGGAUUGUGUAAUCCUGACAACAAAAUAUUAAAAGAACAGAAUACUUCUGAAUUAUUACCUCAACAUCAAACUGAAAUACAAGGAAAUUCAGGUGCUCAAGAUUCAGCAUCUUUUAUGCCUUCUCAGCUACCCUGCUCUUUCCAUGGCCAGUCAAUCCAAGAUGCUGAAUGUAUUCCUAAACAUAUGCCUUUGUCAUAUAUUGGUGAUAAUCAGGAGACAACUUUUCAACAGAAGCCUCUAGUCCAAACUAAUUCUGUUUUAGACACAGAUAAUUUUAAAAAAGACUUGGAAAAUACUUUUUCCCCAACUGACAGUCAAAAGACAGAUGGAUUUAUCUCUGUGUAUACUGAAAGAACCAUUCAGGAUACAUCACCAAAUCAUGAAAGGACUAAUGCCUUUCCCAUAGUAUCAUCUGAAAAGGAUUUUCUUGGAAAUGAUGCCUAUUCACAAAUAAAUACACAUCCUUACUCAAUUAGCAAACUUAUUUAUAAAACUUCGCAAAGUCAUGAAGUUGAUAGCACAAAUGAUACUCAGGUUAUUUCACAUGAAAAAGAAAAACUUGAGAGUUCAGUUUUAAUAAUAACUAAUAAGUCUGAUGUGGAUCUCAAUGAAUUAAAUGCAGAGAUAUCCAAAGGAAACCUAAAUGAACAAGAUAGUUCAAAAAAUUAUAGUGAAAGUAGGAAAGGACUUCUGUCCACAGAAGAUGAGGAAUUACAACAAAGCACAUUAUCAAAUCCUGAAAGUCAUUCACAACCAUCUGGUCAAGGAGAAAUACAUAAGUGUAGCCAAUUAGUUAAAAUAGAGAUAGAAGAAACUGCUGAAGAUGAUAAAAAUGAUCACCAAAUACCUCAAAGGAUAACUAGAAACAGAGCAAAUAUAAUGGCAAGUCAGAAUAAACAGAUACCUAUUAGUUGUAUGCCAUUGUCUGAAAAAGAUAAUGAAUCUGCUUCUCCUAGAGGAAGAAUAAGGUUAACUGAAGAAGAUGAUGCUCAAGUUCACCAUCCACGGAAAAGGAAAAUGUCACGUGUGCCUCAACCUGUGCAAGUAAAUCCCUCUUUAUUACAAGCAAAAGAAAAAACUCAGCAGUCUCUGGCAGCCAUUGUUGAUUCUCUGAAAUUAGAUGAGAUUCAACCAUAUAGUUCAGAAAGGGCAAAUCCAUAUUUUGAAUACUUACAUAUAAGAAAAAAAAUAGAAGAGAAACGCAAAUUACUGUGUAGUGUUAUUCCUCAAGCACCUCAGUAUUAUGAUGAAUAUGUGACAUUUAAUGGAUCAUACCUCCUGGAUGGAAAUCCUUUAAGCAAGAUUUGUAUUCCUACUAUUACACCACCUCCAUCCCUGUCAGAUCCACUUAAAGAGCUUUUUCGGCAACAGGAAGUUGUAAGAAUGAAACUGCGUUUGCAACAUAGUAUUGAAAGGGAAAAACUCAUUGUAUCUAAUGAACAAGAAGUUCUUCGUGUUCAUUAUCGAGCUGCAAGAACAUUAGCAAAUCAGACACUGCCCUUCAGUGCAUGCACUGUUCUCCUGGAUGCAGAGGUGUACAAUGUGCCCCUGGAUUCUCAGACUGAUGAUAGUAAAACAUCUGUGAGGGAUCGAUUUAAUGCAAGACAGUUCAUGUCUUGGUUACAAGAUGUAGAUGAUAAGUUUGACAAGUUGAAGACUUGUCUUUUGAUGAGGCAGCAACAUGAAGCAGCAGCUUUAAAUGCUGUCCAAAGACUGGAGUGGCAGCUUAAGCUCCAGGAACUUGAUCCUGCCACUUACAAGUCUAUCAGCAUUUAUGAAAUUCAGGAGUUCUAUGUUCCUCUUGUUGACGUUAAUGAUGAUUUUGAAUUAACACCUAUAUGACAACUAUCUUUUCCUGAUUUCAUUUUUUAUGGAGUCUGUUUAAAUGCGAUAACCUAAAAUGCAACUGUUUUAUUAGAGCACUUAAUAUUGUGGCAUAUGACCUUUUGCAAUAAUUCAGGUAUUAUUCUUUCAAAACUCUUUAGCAAAAUUUUGUUAAAGUUUGUUAAAUACUAAAUACUGUUAUUUUCUAAUGUGGCACAAAUUACUUAGAUUUUAGAUCAAAAACCAGUUUUCCACUAACGACUGUUAUUUAUAUUGGUAAAAAUUAACUAUGGCAUUAGGCUAUGUUGUCAAACUGUGGAAAAUAUUAAACAAAGUGAGAUAUUGGUAACAACGCUGGAAGUUGUUAUCAAACUAGAUGAAAUAAAUGAGGCACCCAUUGAUAUUUAAAUCUUUUAAAGAUUUUAUUAAAGCUCGUAUAAUUAAACUCAAUAAUUUAACUCCUACAGAAUAGCACUAAAUGUGGAAGAAAAAUUGAGGAGAAAUAUUUGUUCCCUUAUAUUUGUAAAUUAAUUGUACAGUUUUUUGAAAGAUGUAAUAUUGUCUUCAUUUUUAAUAACUUAUUUUAUACAUAUUGUGCAAAUGUAAAUAGUCUUGUAAUUAAUGGUCAAAACUUGUACAAAAAAAUGGAUGGUCAAAAUCUGUACAAAGAAAUAGAUAUUUUCAUUGUAAAACUGUUUUGUCUUAUGUUUUAUUGGACCAAAGUUGUAGUUCUUAAUGGAGUGUAUGUAGUGUUUUCUGAUUGACAAAACUUUUGAAUAAGGCAUGUGUUCAAUUUAGCUUAUUUCAUCACCAUAACUAUAAGAUUGUGAUUUAGCUAUGUUGCAUGCUUCACACAAUUCAACUCCCUUCAGUAUCUGAUACUUAAACCAAUAUAACAUUUACAGGCCCAUGUUUUCAUACUAGUCUUCUAUGCUAGUGCCUAUAACCUAAUGUGUUAAAAAUAGACUUAUUUAAAGUUAAACAUGCACAAAAAUUUUUGCUCUUAUGUCAUCAUCUCAUAGUAGAGCAUAUUUUUCCAACAAAAUGCCUUUGAAUGAAAUUCUUAAAUUGUAAAUGUCUAUUUUAAUAUACACCUAUGGAAGAAUCUGUAAAUAUAAUGUUUAAUAAAUUGUAUUGGUCAUGUUAAAUCAUUGUAAAAACUUUUUUACAUUGUUGAAAUUGUUUUGAGCUUAAUAACCUUUGCACUUUUAAAAUAAAAUUAGACUUUUUGAAUUAACAAAUUUGGUAGUUAAAAUAAGUUUAAAAAGAACCCUAGGUAUAUGUUGACAGCUGUUGCAAUAUUUACAAAAAUAUUAUUUUUUUUCCUAAUUGACAAGUUGCUAAACAUGUCAUUUGUAACAUUUUAAAAUUGAAGCAAGAUUUUACCUUUUUUAAAUAAUCAGAAAUGGUGAUAUAUAUAUGUGUGUGUGUAUAUAUAUAUAUAUAUAUAUCUGUUAAAAAGCACAGAAAUAGUUCUCUCUUUAAAAUAUUUGAUAGUGAGACUCAGGAAUAUUUUAGAUCUGAAACCAGCCAAGAAACUUAAUUAUUAACAUUUGAAAGAAGACUCAGAGGAUAAUUAAACUAGCUAAAAAAGCAAUUAAAAACAUAGAAGAAAUUUUCAACAGCUUUCCACAAUACUUUAUUGAUCCUAAAAUAUAAUAAUAAAUACUUUGCAUUCAGGUAGGGAAAAAAGAGAAAUCAAAUAAGUGAGAAAUGGCAUGAUAUAAACUAAACCAGCUCAUAAAAUAAAAUUCUAUUCCAGAAUAAUAAAAAUUUAAACUCAAGUUCAUCACUUUAGAUGAGCUGAAAAAAUAUUAUAAUUCAUUAUUAUAAAGAUAUAUAUUAAAUUUAGGGAUUUUAUAUAUUAUCAAUUUAUAUAUGAAUUAAUAUAGUUGGCACUGCAAAGUAAGCAUAGCAGAAAAGGAAUGCAAAAUGUCUAGGCACUUUUAAGUGAUAGGUGUACUUCUCUCUAGGAAUUCAGAUUAAUUUUGGGCCUUUUUUUUGUUAUAUGAUCAGAAAUACAGAAUUAGUAUUGAGCUAUUAGUUUUGUUGAAUUGCAAAUUCAUGAGUCUCAGAUAUGUUCAAAUAUGUUCCAUAGAAUAUAAAGGUCAUGUAGUUUAGAGUAGUGUCAUAUUCAGGAACCCUGUCCUUUAUAUCUCUUAACAAAAAUUUACCCCCUUUUUGGACACUGUCAUUGAUGGAAAAGUCAAUGUAACCCUCUCCCUAAGGCAACCUAUUCCAUUCCAGAACCACUCUAAUUGUUAGAAAUGUCUUCCUCAUAUUAAAUCAAAUUCUGCUUUCCUAACUGUAACCCAUUGUCCUUUUAAUCCACACAGAAUAAAUUUGAUGCAUCUUUUACACAACAGUCUUGCCGAUAAUGGAAAUCAGCCAUCAUGUUCCCCCUAAAUCUUCUUUUCAGGAUGAACAUUCCUCAUAUCUUUCAAGUAUACUUUAUAUGAUAUGUUUUUAGUUUUCCUUUCUAUCUGAUUACCUACCUCUGAACAUACUUUGUUUUGUCAAUUCUUUUUUUUAAAUGCAACAACUAGAACAUAAUACAGUACUCCAGAUAUGAUCUGACCAGGCCAGAAAAGCACAAAACUAUAUUACUGAACUUUUUCUAGAUAAUCCUUUGUCCUCUAUAUCAGCUGUUGAAUCAUUUGGUUUACUAUUAAUUAAAACCCUGAAGUGAUCUUCACGUGAUCUGUUAUCAUGAUGUUUACCUUUCUGGGUUUUAUUAAAUAUUAUUCCCCUUCACACUCUUACAAUCUAGUCCAACUGGACAUCUUGACUUCUUUACAAACAACAUUCCACCUCCUAUGCACUCCUCUUCUUCAUCCUAGAAUCCCUAGUUUCCUUCAAAGCUCAGCUCAAAUCACCUCCUACUUUGAAACCUUUCCUGAUUGAUUCAGCUAUUUUGUGCAACCCACCCAGUCAUAGUUGGUUUCUAACAAAUGCACACUUAAUUAAUUAACCAUACAUCUUAAGUUAGUCAUUGAAUCUAUUUUUAAAAAUUCACAUUUAUUCUUACUUAUUUUCAUUUGAGGUCCCUUCCAACUCUAGAUUUAUGGUUCUAUAAUACCUAUAAAUUUGAUAAGUAUGGCAUCUAGUUUUUCUGUCAUUGAUAAAAGUCCUGUGUGAAACAAGAUUAAAAAAGAGGAGCUCUAUGGCACCCAACUCCAGGUUUCCAAUGAUUCAUUAUGCAGUGUCAUUAGGGAUUUUCAAUAGCUCACUAACCACAUCAUCCAAUCUACAUUUCUCACUUAAGUCUAGCCACAUGGAAAUCAUGGGACAUUUUUUCAAAUGCCUUGCCAAAAUCCAGAUACAUUAUGACUACAGUAUUCCUCAACCAUUUCAACCCUAUUAAAAGAAAGAUAUUAAUUUUGUCAUUAAUUGUUUUUAGUGAAGGUAUGUUGCCUUUUAAUGAAUACUAUAUCCUUAGUACUUCUAAACCAUUUAUUCCAUAAAACAAUUUUAAAGCAACUGUUUUUAUAUGAAAUGCAUAACUUAAUGUUUUUAAUUUAUUUUCCCCCCCAAAAAGAAGUUGUGAUAAAAUAGCAACCAGACCAUAAAAAUUAAAGCUACUUAAAACUUAAAACAAAAAAAAAAAAAAUACUAUGUGAUUCAGGUAUUCAAUUCUGACAUAGCCAAUUUAAGGAAGGGAAACAUUGUAAUUGUUCAGAUAAAAAGUAGGGAAAGAGGGGAAAAAGUAUGAAUUUUCUUUAUCUGUAACUCUAGAAUUCUCAAACUGUAUUCUCUGUACCAGAAUUUUGCUUCCUUUCAAGGGGCAGUGUGAUGUAGUGAAUAGUAGGAAUUUAGGUCAGGAAAAUGUUUUCAAAUCCCAUUUCCUGAUAUUAUCUUUUUGACUUUAGAUGAGUAAAUUAUAAAGACUAGAAAUUAAAGGAGAGGUUUAGAAACUAUAUUGUUGGCGGGAGCUUUUGUGCCAGACAGUGAAUUAAAAUAAAACCACAUUUCUGAGAAAUUAUAAGCAAGUAGUUAAGGGCUUUGCACACCAAAAUUGCUCUUAAGCUCCCAAAUACUAAAGACUGAGAGCUAUAGUACCCCAGGAAGUUUUUAACUAAAAGAAAAUUCAAGACUUUAUUUUAUACUUACUUUGGGGGAACACUCUGGUUAUAUUUUAAAGUUAUUUUAUAUCAGUUGAAGUUAAAUGGAAAAAGGUGUUAAAUGUGGUUUAAAAGUUGUGUUUCUUUAUAUAAUGCUCUAAAUUUUUGUAUAAUUUUGUUUAUAAUGAAUGAGUUAGGAUUUGUGCAUGUUAUUUAAUAAAGAGUUGUAUUUUUGUAGAAAAAGAAAAAA